AGAAUCUGAAAAAAAGUACAGGAUAAAAAUACAAUUCUAGAAAUUUGUUUUCGUCAAGGUAAAUAUUCACUCUUAACUUUAAUUAAUCUUCCGAAAUUUGUGCUUUCUUAACAAGACAAGUUUUAAAUUAAUAUAGUAUAUACAUAUAAAUUCAUCGUGAAAUAAAAAAGUCAAAUACAAGUAUAGUUUAAUGUUUGCAUGUGUAAAUAUAUUUCGUUUAACAUAUCUCCAAAUUAUUAUUUAUCAAAUUUACAGAAAGUAGAAUUUAUAUAUUCUUUAAAUACUCCUUAAAAAUUUUUCUAUCCAAAAACAGAAAUAUCAAAUCUGUCACGUACUCAUGUUCGUGAGAAGAAUAUCUUGAUAUAUUGUAGCAAAUUUAUUUAUUAAAAAGAGGCAACAUUUAAUUAACUUUCUUAAUUCACUUAUCCAUUUGUUAGUUUGUAUUCGCGUUUUCAUAUUUUAAUUUUAAUUUUUCUUUUCCAUAGUGGAGCGAAACAAAAAUUGUUGCAUUCUUGUGCUUCCAGUAAAAAAAUGUGACAAUACCACUCAUAGAGAUUUGUCAACGAAUUUCAUAGCGGACAGAUUUUUCAGUAGCAGAUAAUAACGAAUUUCAUAGCGUACAGAUUUUGUAAUAGCGAAUUGGAAAGUGCAUUUAUUUCGUUAUUAAAAUUACAUAGCAAUCAUAUAACAUGACCUCUAUAUCAAUAAAAUUUAUAAUAUUGAACUUGAUUAUACUUUGGGAUACGACACACGGAUUGACAGGAUAUUAUUGUGAAUUUCCAUUAGAAAUUGGUACAGUAUCAUUAUUGGACAUAGAACAGUGUACUCGAGGAACAGUGGGAGUAAUGUCGGACACUUAUCUUCAAUUCUUGCGAAUACCCCAAAACGGUGCUUCUGAUUGUGAUUUUGAUCGGUAUAAUAUUUUGCACGAAGGAAUGGGAAAGAAAUUGAACGGUGCAAAUCUCUUUUAUCCUACAGUUUUCGCCGGUAUUAUGGAAAAUGUUACAUUCGCACUAAGAAGUACAGGAAUUCAAAUUGUAUGUGAUCGUAUGUUUCAUACGACAGAAUAUUCAGAAUUAUUAAUUUACGAAACCAGCAAAAAGUCGUCGCCCGCUAGAAAACGAAAAACAGCUACAGAUCACAUCGAUAUAUUUAUGUAUGUCAAUGAGAAAUUUGUCUAUCCAAACGUAAUUUUAAAAGAUUUUGCAUUACAAAUGCAACUGUUAUAUCACGAUGUAUUACUAUAUGAAUGUUAUAAAGAACGAGAAAAAAUGAAACUUGCUUUAGUAUCUUUUAAUUCUAAAUUGAUUUCAUCAGAUUUAUUUGCUUAUUUUCUAACGAAAUCGCGCGGUUAUACGGUUGUGGCAAGAAGUGAAGUAGCAUAUAUCAUAAAAUGUGUACCGGUACAAGUAACAAUAAGAAAAACAAAAUAUUGCUACAACGACCUACCUGUAUCAUAUCAAAAUCAUAAUUAUUUCUUAACGCCAAUAACUCGCAUAUUAAUACAUAAUGGCACCAAGAUUGAUUGCAAACCUAAAAUGCCAGCAAAGUUUUUUAUAGACAAUAAAUGGUAUGAAGUACUCCCAGAUCCGGAAAUUGAUGAAAUUGAGACGACCGAAUCAAUCACAACAUCAAUAUCGGAUUUAUUAUCUCCCUUUCUUUUUUUCUAUAAUUUCACUGUUACAUUAGGCUAUAUCAUUAUAGGGACGAUAUUCUUUGGCUGCUUGUUUCGUGAAGAAAUCUGGGCUUUUCUUAUAUAAAGGCAUUGUUACAUUAGGCUAUGUCUUUGUACUGUUGAUAAUUUUGUGCAGCUGGUUUCGUGAAAAAAUCUUGCAGGAAUAAAAAAUGUUUAUACACUUUGUAGAAAAAAAUACUAUAGGAUGCAUUAAAUAAAAAUAUGUAUAUGGAUUUC